GAACCAGGAGCUCAGUGUUGGUGACAGGAUGGCAGGCAGGCUGUCGCUCCCAGAGGAGGACCUCACUUGUCCUGUGUGCUGUGAGAUCUUCAGAGACCCGGUGGUCCUCAAGUGCAGCCACAGCUUCUGUGCAUCCUGUCUGCAGAGGUACUGGACCCAAGGUGGACGGAACCGGGACUGUCCUCUGUGCAGAGCUCGGUCUGAGGAUGACCCUGUACCCAGCCUCACUCUGAAGAACCUGUGUGAGUCGGUCCAGGAGACUGAAGGUCUGGAGGAAACUGUAGGGGACCUGUACUGUGAUGCCAGUGACAUGUGUCCUCUUCAUGGGGAGAAGCUCAAGCUCUUCUGUCUGCUCGAUAAGGAGCCCAUCUGUGUGGUUUGCCACACCUCAAAGAAGCACAAACAGCAUGACUGCUGCCCUAUCAGUGAGGCGGCUGGAGAUGCAAAGGACAAAUUGAAGUCCUCCCUCAGCUCUUUACAAGAAAAGCGAGAUGCUUUUGAAAAAAUGAAAAAAACAUGUGAGGAUACUGUGGCACAUAUUCAGUUACAGGUACAAUUUGUGGAGAGGCAGACCCAUGAGGAGUUCCAGAGACUUCACAGCUUCCUCCAAGCUGAGGAGGCAGCCAGGAUGGAGGAGCUGAGAGAGGAGGAGGAGCAGAAGAGUCUAGCAAUGAGGCAGAAGAUCGAAGAAAUGAACAGAAAUAUAACCUCCAUAUCUGAAACCAUUCGAGGCCUUGAGGAGGACAUGGCUUUAGAGGGCAUCUCGGUCCUCAAUAAAUGUAAAACAGCACCUGAAAGAGCUAAUUGCCCAUUUGACGACCCAGUUAUGGCUCCAGGAGCACUCAUCGAUGUGGCCAAGUACGUGGGCUCACUGUCAUUCCAUGUAUGGAAAAGCAUGAAUGACAUCAUCAGAUACACCCCAGUGACUCUGGACCCCAACACUGCAGCCCCGUGGCUCGUCCUGUCAGAUGACCUCACCAGUGUCCGUGACAGCGAUGACAAGCAGCAGCUUCCUGAUAACCCUGAGAGGUUUGACCCUGACACUGGUGUGCUGGGCCACCAGGGCUUUACCUCAGGCAGACAUGCCUGGGAUGUCAGCGUGGGCGAUAAUACAGCAUGGGUUGUUGGCGUUGCAAAAGAAUCUGUUCUGAAGAAAGAGAAGGUGUCUUCAGUGCUGAAAAACGGCUACCUGACUGUGUACUUUUAUCACAAAAUGUACUUUGCAGGCACUUCUCCUUUAACGCGCCUUAGCCUCAAGAGGAACCUGGACAGAAUCAGAGUGCAGCUGGACUGUGACAAGGGCAAGGUGUCUUUCUAUGACCCACAUGACAACACACUCGUCUAUACCUUCAAACAUCCCAUCACUGAGAUGGUUUUCCCUUACUUCUGGGUGGGUUGUCAGAAGUGUCCUUUAAAGGUUGAGCCACUUGAGGUUUCUGUAUGUUCUCAAAGUAUUUAAGUACUUGAGAGGACGUUUUCUAAUGAAUAAUUCUUCACUACUAAAAGAACCUUAUAUGAUUUCCACACAAGGGUAAUACACUCCUGAUUGGAAUUUUAAGACCAGUUCAAAAACUGCAAGAAUUUACAUUUUGCACUGUUGGAUCUUAAGAACAUUCUAAGUAGAGUUUCAAAAUGCAAAAGGAAGAAAUGGGAGUUAGACAAAAAAAAAUGUGAGUAAGCAAUUUAUUAAACACAACAAACUGAAACAGGCUGGUCAUCAGCCAAUCAAAAGUUUCAGACCACAGCCUGUAAAAGUCACAUCUGUGGAAAAAGGUGGAUUCAGUGUCAUUUUCUGUCAGGUAUUCACACUGUCAUGACCUCCUGAUGCCAAAGGCAAAAAAAGCUUUCUCUCUUUGAACGUGGUCGGAUUGUUGAGCUGCAUAAGCAAGGCCUCUCCCAACACGCCAUCGCUGCUGAGGUUGGACACAGUAAUUUUUCAACUGGUCUUACAUUUUUGAUCAGGAGUGUAUAUCAACCUGCACUUUUCUGUUUUGCUUAAAAUGUCCUUCAAACUUUUUAAGGAUUUUCUAUUUAAAACCACUAUGGCUGAUUUAUUUGUACAUUCACCUUAUUUCAACUUAAUUUUUGCACUUCGAAUGUUCCUAACUGUCUGAGCUGUUUGUCAGAGCAAAAUGUGGCUGCAUGGUGAUUGUGCAGUGAAGCCUGGAAAACAAUUAUAUGCAAUUAUACAGAAUAAGGCAGUAAUGUCAUUGAGUGAAGUUUGUAUAUUGAUUCCGCAAUAUAUAAAUAUUACUAAAUCAGCUUUAUGUGUAUGAAUUAUAAAAUGUCAGUGCAUUAAUGAAUUAUCUGCAAAUAUCAAAUUAUUUAUGUAUUUUAAGUGUUGAAAAGAAUAUUAUAAGUUUUGCUGAUUGCUUACACCAGUAUCAUUAGAAACUCAUUAGACUUUUGUAACUUUGGCACCAAAAGUAUGAACACACUUUCUGCUUGACACUUGGUUUGCAGUUCUCUAAAUCACUUCUUACAGUCUCUACACAGCAUUUCUUCCAAUAAUUAUAUCUUUACAAUCAGUGGAAAACAAUUUUUAUAUUAUUUCUGUUUAUUUUUUCAAAUUCAAAUUUCUAUAUGACACACAGGGUAAAUAUUUUCUUUUUUACCUAUUUACCAGGAUGAUGUUGUGAUUCCACCAAAAACUGACCUCUAUAAAUCAUUCACCUCGUCCCUUUCUUACAGUGAUAUUUUUUACACUCUUUUUGCUGUUGCACUUUAAUUAUUUUUCACUAUAUUGUUGCUAUUUUUCCAGAAUUAUUCAGAUGAAAUGGUGCAUCAGUGUCUCUCUUUUUUUUCCUUUUUUUUUUGGGUUGGAAUAUUGCCAUUUUGAUGUGUUUUUUAAGGAUUGUUCAAGUCUGAUUGCAGCCUCAUUGUGACAUGGAAGUGAAGGGUUUAUCUUUUCACCUCUCUCCUCUUUUCUAUCUAAUCUGCCUUAUAUUAGUAUGUGUAAGUCUUUGAAAGUUUGUGAAAAAAACUAAUAAAAUAACAUUUUUA